CGGUGUCAUGUGACUCCAGCAGAGCCUUAAAGGGGCCGCAAUGGCCCCGCGCUGGCUCCUCCCGGGUCUGCUCCUGGCCGCGGGCGCCGCAGCACGCUGGGUCGCGACCCCCGACACGGUGCGGCCGCGGGUGGUGCGGGAGCAGCUGCUGUGGGUGAGCGGGGAGGGGCACGGCGGGGUCCACACUUUCCGGGUGCCGCUGGUGGCCGCCACCCGCGGGGGGGCGCUGGUGGCCUGCGCCGAGGGCCGGAAGCGCUCGGCCGCCGACGUGGGGGCCAAGUUCAUCGCCUGCCGCCACUCCCCCGAUGGAGGCGCAACGUGGGGCCCAACGCGGGUGGCUGCAGAUGACGGCUCGGCAGUGGAUGGGCUGAACCUUGGGGCCCUGGCUGUGGUGGGGGAUGAGGUGCUGCUGCUGUUUGCCCGCUGCGCCCACCCCCCCCAGGCCUGCGGCCCCCCCAGCACGCACCUCCUGCGCAGUCGUGAUGGUGGCCGCUCAUGGGGACCUCCCCAGAACCUCUCAGGGGUGGUUGGUAGUGAGGUGUUUGCCCCAGGGCCUGGCUAUGGCAUCCAGAAGCAGCAUGCACCGGGCAGCGGGCGCCUGGUGUUCUGUGGCCAUGGGACACUGGAGCGGGAUGGGGUCUCACUGCUGUUGAGUGAUGACGGGGGACUACGGUGGCGGCGGGGUGGGUCGCUGCCCGCCAUUCCCUUUGGGGCCCCCCGCCAUUCCCGGGACUUCACCCCUGAUGAGUGCCAGCCCUAUGAGCUGCCUGAUGGCUCCAUCGCCGUCAACAUCCGGAACCAGAACUCGUACCGGUGCCGCUGCCGGAUGGUGGCGCGGAGCUGGGAUGGUGGUGAGACCCUCCCCCCUGCCGCUGUCACCUUCGAUCCCGCCUUGGUGGACCCUGCGGUGGCCGCUGGGGUCCUGGUCACCGGGGAUCUCGUGUUCUUCAGUAAUCCCGCACACGAGAGCCAGCGAGUGAACUUGACCCUGCGCUGGAGCUUCACCAACGGCACCACGUGGUGGGGGCAUGGCCUGCAGGUGUGGGCGGGGCCCAGCGGGUACUCUUCGAUGGCUGCCCCACCCCCUGGCACUCAGGGACACUCCCGCUUCCUCUACCUCAUCUAUGAGAAGGGGAGGAGCCUCUCCACCGAGACCAUCUCAUUGGCCACCAUCAGCAUUGCAGGGGAUCCCUGACCGCUCCCCUUGAUCCGGCCACUCCCCUGCUCCUCAAUAAAGCGAUUG